GGGGGGGGGUGUUGGAAGGGAGAAGAGUAGAGGAGGACAGACGAAUAAAAGCAGAGAGAGAGAAAGCAAUGGAAAGGGCAUGAGUCAAAGAAAGUGAGAUAAUAGAGGGGAGGCAGACAAGCAAAGGAGGAAGCAGCAAAGAGUACAAGUUGAGGAGGAGAAAGGAAAGAGAUCGUGGAGCAUCUUUUCCAGCUUUGGUCCCAGCUUGCAUCUUGCUGGAACAGUUUACCCAUACUGGGCUUUUCCCUCACAGCCUUUGGUCUGCUAUUUGUUUUUAUAAAGCGCAGUAGAAGCUGGAGUCGCUACCCACCUGGGCCACCCUCUUUGCCUUUCCUGGGGAACAUGCUGCAGAUCAAUUUCUACAACCCUCACCUCUCCUUCAACCAGCUGAGUAAGAAGUUUGGGAAUGUUUUUAGUCUUCAGUACUUCUGGAGUAACAUGGUGGUGGUGAACGGGUACAAGGCAGUGAAGGAUGCACUGGUCCAGAAAGCAGAGGACUUUGCUGACCGACCUUAUUUUCCUAGAUACGAGCACCUAGGUUAUUACGAGCGCUCUGAAGGGUUAAUAAUCUCAAGGUUUGGUCCUGCCUGGAGAGAACAAAGGAGAUUUGCACUCUCCACCUUGAAGAACUUUGGGAUGGGAAAGAAAUCCUUGGAGAACCAGAUUUCUCAAGAAGCUGGAUUUCUGUGCUCUGCAGUCAGCUCUAAAGAAGGUCACCCUUUUGAUCCACUUUUUCUUUUAAAGAAGGCAGUUUCCAAUGUGAUCGACUCUCUUACCUUUGGUGAGCGCUUUGACUAUGAUGAUGAGAAAUUUCAGAGGCUUGUGGAAAUCUUUCAAGAGAGCAUGAAGGAAGAGAGUGGAUUCUUGCCCCAGCUCCUUAAUGAAGUGCCUUUUUUGCUACGCAUCCCUGGAGUGCCACAAAAGGCAUUUCAAUACCAAAGGGCCUCCAUGAGCUUAAUAGAUGCGAUUUUGAAGAAGCACAAAGAGACCUGGGAUUCUACCCACAUCAGAGACUUUACUGAUGCAUUUCUACAAGAGAUGGAGAAGACCAAGGAGGGUGUGGAGACCAGUUUCUCUUAUGAAAACCUUCAUUUAGUAACUGUUGACCUGUUUUUGGCUGGCACUGAGACCACCACCACCACCCUGUGCUGGGCAGUGUUAUACAUGCUUCUCCACCCUGAGGUUCAGAGAAAAGUCCAUGAGGAAAUUGAUAAGGUGAUUGGCAGGGAUCAGUCACCCAACAUGCUGGACCAAGCAAAUAUGCCUUACACCAAUGCUGUGAUCCAUGAAAUACAGCAUUAUGGGGAUAUUGUUCCCACUGGACUGCCUCACAUGACAUACCGGGACACUGAGCUUCAAGGAUUCUUCAUUCCUAAGGAUACGGUCAUCAUCACCAACUUGUCCUCCGUGUUGAAGGAUAAAACCUUUUGGGAGAAGCCGCACCAAUUUUACCCAGAGCACUUCCUGGAUGCAGAUGGGCAGUUUGUGAAGUGAGAGGCCUUUCUGCCUUUCUCUGCAGGUCGCCGUAUCUGUCUGGGAGAGCAGCUGGCCAGGAUGGAGCUCUUCCUCUUCUUCACCAGCCUCCUGCAGUGUUUCACUUUCCAGGUCCCUGAGGACCAACCCAGGCCUCAAGAGGAUGGGUGUUUUGCCAUCGUACAUUUCCCACAUCCCUACCAGAUCCAGGCUAUCCUAAGAUGAAUGCAGAUGUCUGCCGAGUUCUCCUCGGAUGCUUCAAGAGUGUUUAGUAUAUGCCUAAUUCUUUGAGAACAUCUCUUCAGAGCUUAUUAACUGCAUUUGAAUCCAGGGCUGAAACAGUUUCAAUGAUGGGCUAUGGGAUGUGAUUCUGUAAACACAUGCUAUUUGUCUAUUAGCACCAUGUACAUUCCUGCCACAUUUAAGUGCAAAAACCAGGGUGAUUUCCCCCCCGAGACAAGGUUGGCUGUUAUGUUUGCUAGUACACCUCACCUCUGCUUGUAUGUGCAGCGGAUCAGGACAUUUGGUAAAUAAAAACGGACUAUCUUCUGCUGAUGCAAACUGA